UAAAAACUAGCAUACGUUAAUAUUUAUGAAUGUUCAAAACAAUUUAAUCAUUAAAAAGUAUCUCAAAUUAUGUAAUUUUGAUAUUCUAGGACAUACGUUUUCGUUGAUCUUAGUCAAUAUAUACGUCAGCAAAUAAAAAUCACAUUUUCCAGAGGAGAAAACAGUAAAUUACAAAACCAAGAGUUAUGUGAGCAAAACUAUCAGAGUCUAGAUAAAAUAGCAUCAAAUUAUUAUGCUAAAAAGUAUCCACAUAAUUUUAAGAAAACUUCAACUGGACUGUCGCAAGAAUUAUGUUCAUUAGCUAUGAACCAUGAAGUUCAAAAAGCAUUACAAUUAGAAUUAGAAAAUUCAGGAUUUUUUAGUAAAGUUAAGAAUUCAGUGAAGCAUAUUGUUAAUAAAUAUCGAGAUCAAUAAUAGUACAUGUUAAAAGUAGUAAAUAUUCAUUGAUUCUUGAUUUUAAGAAGUUAACAUGAAAUUUUUUAAGAGAUUACAGCUCCUUAGAGUUAGACAAAGAUUGUAUACUACUUCAAAUGCAAAUCAGAACAAUUAUGAGUGUGAUAUAGAAUUUGCAAAUGCACCUCAUUUUCCUGUAAUGUGGAAAGAAACUCUACAUUAUCUCAACCUUGCACCAGGAGAUACAAUGAUUGACAUGACAUUUGGUUCAGGUGGACACUCCAAGAAAAUUUUAGAUACUGUGCCUGAUGUAAAGAUUUUUGCUUUAGAUCGUGAUCCAACUGCAAUGAACUUUGCCGAGGAUUUAGCUAAAAAGUAUCCAGGUCAAGUAUUUCCACUACUUGGAAGGUUCUCAGAGCUUCCAAAACUAUUAGAAAGUUACCACAUAAAAGAAAAUAGUAUCGAUGCUAUGCUCUUUGAUUUUGGCUGUUCAUCAAUGCAAUACAACACACCAGAAAGAGGCUUUAUGAUAUCAAAAAAUGGACCUUUAGAUAUGAGAAUGGAUGGAAAUAGAUCUACAAAUUCACCAACAGCAGCAGAUGUUCUUGAAAAAGCUAGCGAGAGAGAUUUGUACCAUAUUAUUAAGUAUUAUGGAGAAGAAAAGAGAGCAAGGAAAAUAGCAAGAGCACUUUUCGAUGCAAGAUACAUGUUUAGGAGUUUAAAGACAACUCAUGAAUUAGCCAAAUUUAUUGAAUCAUUAUUUUCUAGUGAAAUAAACACUGAUCAGUUGGGAAGAUUUCAACAUCCAGCUACCAAAACAUUUCAAGCAUUAAGAAUUUUUGUGAAUAAUGAAUUGAAUGAAAUCAAUCAUGCUAUAGUCAUAGCAACAAAAUUAUUAAAAAUCAAUGGUCGUUUAAUUACAAUAUCAUUUCAUUCUUUAGAAGACACUAUAGUGAAAAGACAUCUGUCUGGUAAUGUUAGUGACAGUGUGGCAAAUAAACUGCCUUUGAGAUACGCAAAUUGGGGCAAAGUUUGGCAAAAUAAGGAGGAUAUAGAAGCAUUGACAUCAUCUCCAUGGUUAAUGUUACACAAACAUGUUUUGACUCCAUCUGAUGAAGAAGUUUACGCAAAUCCUCGGUCGCGAUCAGCAAAGUUUCGAGUUAUUGCUAAAAUAAAAUAGUUUUUUUCCAAUUUUAUUUA